CUUUAUACUUGAAGCCUAAAGAAAGUUCAAGUAGCUUGGCUAGCUAAUAGGCAGCUUCGCCAUCCCCUCCAAAGAAAGUCCAAUCCUGAUCCUCCACCAAAAAUGGCGGCGGCAGCAGCCAUAACUUCCGUGGAAUGCCAGAGCCAGGUCAAGUCAUGGCGGCUCUUCCGCUCCCUCCUCGCCUUUCUCAUCCCCACCUGCAACUGCACCACCUUCUCCUCCGACGACCACUUCCUAGAAGACGAACAAGAAACCAAACACCACCAAUACCCCGUUAAUCCCAAACCCUCCGCCGCCGCCGCCGCCACAUUAGUCACCGGCACCAUAUUCGGCUCCCGCCGCGGCAAAAUCAGCCUCUGCUUCCAAACCCACCGCAGCAGCAACAACAACAAGUCGCCAAACAUCCUCCUCCUCCUCGAGCUGGCGGUCCCGGCGCCAAUCCUCGCCCGCGAAAUGGAAUCCGGCGUCCUCCGCAUCGCCCUCCGCAGCACCGCCGCCGACCGGGACAAUGAUAGGGAUUUUUUCAGCAGUGGCUCGCCGCUGACGUCGGUGCCGGCGUGGACGACGUAUUGCAACGGGAGGAGGGCCGGGUACGCGGUGAGGCGGCGGCCGACGGAGGCCGACGUGGAGGCUCUGCGGGUGCUGGGGUCGGUGGCGGUUGGGGCGGGAGUGAUGAACGAUGAGGUGACGUAUCUGAGGGCCAACUUCCAGAGGCGGCGGGCUUCCGGCGGGUCCGGGUCGGAGUCGUUCCACCUGGUUGACCCUGAUGGGAGCAUCGGUCAGGAGCUCAGCAUCUACCUUUUCCGAUAGCUAAGCGCUCACCGUGAUUAUAAUUAUGAGUAAUUAAUUGAGGUCGUCUUGGUGGUUUAUCAAAUGGUGGAGAGUUGGUGAUCAAGCCAAGAGACAAAAACAGGAAUUAAACUGCUAUUAAAUUUCUGUUUAAUGUUUUUUUUUCCUUUUCUUUUCUUUUUGCCCUCUUUUUUGAGCCGUGCUUUAUGUACAUUAUUAUUAUGAAGUGGGUGGGAGGUUAUAAAGCACGGCUUUCUUUUUUUUUGGGGCCCUGAUGGUUGCUUCCUUCGCGAACCACCUAUGGUUUUCUUCUUCUUCCCCCUUAGUUUGUCCUUUUGCACAAAAAGAAGUUAAUAAACAGAGCAAUAUUAA